AUGGAAUGGAGAGAAGUAUUAGAAUUUGCAAAUCAAUGGGUAAAACAAGUUGAACAAAGUCUACGUGUUAUUUUGUUAGAUGAAGGAAUUAACUUGGGUGAAAUAAGAAAAGAAACUUUAAUAAAUAGACUAGAUAAUAUUAUGAAUACAAUAUAUAUUAGUGAUAAGAACCAGAUGAGUCCUCACAUGAUAUCACUUCUCUGUAUGCAUAUUUUUUCAUCAUCCGAUAAAUGUGCUCCUAAAUCACCAAUUGAAGUGUACAGCUAUAGUGUUCAGUCAGUAUUACGCACUUGGGCAAGCCUAGAAUCAAAUAUAUCGGAAAGCAUCUUGAUAGAAUUUUUCACCGAUCUUGCUGCUUACAUCCAUUUGCAACCAUUGUCUGAUCUCAUCGAUGAAUUUGAUAUGAAAAAAUUGUGUUAUUUAGUUUUGAAACGAUUAAAUGUAUCAAAUAAUCAUAAAGAAUUACAAGAAUACACAAAUAAGAUUAUAUCUUUGCUCAAUUCAAAUAGUAUCAUUGUAGCUGAACAAGAACUACAAGUAUUUACCUUUAUUCAUUUAUCUUUUCAACGAUACUUUGUUGUACAAGCUCUCAUAAGAGAAUCUUCUAUUGAAAAUAUUGUAAGACGAUUUUUUACAUUCAUGAAUGAACGUCGUUUUCAUGAAUCACUUUUAAUGGCUCUUGGUUGGAUUAGUUUGAAAUGGUUAUUCAAUAAUUAUAAUCAUUUUUGCGAUCUACUUAUUUCUUAUCCUACAGAAUGUGUUCUGCCAUUAGGAACUCUUCUUUUAUUUGAUGCUCUCAAAUAUAUUCAUAAUUUACCAUCAAAAGAGGUAAUCUUUAAAGCAUUCAAUAAUUUGUUAGAUCAUCCAUCAAAAUUGAUUUCACAAAAAUACUUAAAAUCAUCUCAAUUACCUAUAGAACUCAUUGUAGAAUGGAUGCAAUUAAAUAUUACAAAUGAAAAACGUCUUUUCAAAUUCUGUCGUUGUCUAUUACAUAGUGAGUGUCGAUCCUAUAUAACAUCUACAGAAAAUACUCUAGAAACAGUAUCACCACGUCUCUUUCAACAGCUGUGGUCAUUACGUAAUAUAAGUCAAACGGCUGAAUUACUCAUUGAUCAAACAUUACAUGAAAUAAUGAAAUUCUAUGAAACACCCGAUCAUAUUUUUGAGAACAAAUUAUAUUCAUAUUUAUUAUCACAGAACAUUUGUUCAUUUAAUAUUCAUCCAUUGAUUUUUUCUGUUAUUCUUGCAUUGUGUGGUGGAUUACAUUUUACAUGUAAGGAAAAUAUUGCAAAGGUUCAGUUCUCUCCAAAAACUAUGCAUCGUGAAUCAUCAAUGAUAGAACCAAUUAUUGAAUACUUAGUUAAUAUCAAACAAUCUCAUUCAAUUAAAGUUCAAACUCUGAUCGAAAAAUAUGAAAACGUUCUUCAAAAAUCUUUACCCAAAGAUAUUUCAUCUGAGAUUAUUGAUACCUUUAUUGCACUUAUUUGUUUGCGUGGUGUUUCAAAACCAUCGAUGUAUGAGAAGUUUGAUGGAUAUGAUGCACUACCAUUGGUGCUUCUGAGAUUUAAACAAAUCUUGCUAUACCUGAAGAAUUUAUACCGUUAUUGUCAUAGUAUUUAUACGCAUCAAUGCUCUCUUGUCUCCGAAAUUGAAUCAAUUAUAAAUGAAUUCUUUUGUCAACCUAAUCAAUCUGAUGAACAAUUGGUCAGAUUUUCGUUUGCAUGUAUCGCUGCAUGGAAGAAACUUGGUCUCUGCUGUUUAUCAGAUUUUGUCAACUUUGACAUUAUUCAAAAGAGUAAUAUUAGUCAGUAUUUAGAAGUUCAAUUCGAAUAUCGUCAUUAUAUAACACCACAGCAACGAAAUAAUAAUAUCCUACAAAUGACAGAAUAUACACCAUUUGACUUACUUGUAUUUGUACCACAAUCUCUCCAGCAAUUAUUCUAUCGUUUAAUUAUUUCACCAAUCGAUAAACGUGAAUCUUUACCAUUAAUAGUACUUUUAUCAGAAUGUCUAAUGCGCUUAGAAAAUAUUAGAUAUUAUAAAACAAAUCACUAUUGCGCCCUGUCUCUUUUAUAUCCAUUAUGCAAAGAACACAAGUUAGAAAAUUAUUCUUCAGUCCUUUUUUGGGGCGACAGAUAUAAUAGUGUUAGCCAAACGCAUCGAAAGCAAUUCUUUCAACAAGUAAAAAAUCGUGAGUUGCUUGAUCGAUUUUCUACAGAUGUGUCUAAAAACUGGGAACUUCUUAUUAAUCAGGAACGUGAACGUAUUCGUGUAGCGAUGUUAGAUCAGAACGAAGGAGAUUUACAUUUAUUUGGUGCGUGUCUUUCUCUUGCUCGACUCUUUCAAGCUCGUUGUCGUUCUUUCAAAGGUCAACAUUUAGAAGGUAAUAUCUCUAUUUUCACUACAGAGACUGAGGAAAUAUAUUCUGCAACACAAAAUAUACGUGGCCCGACUUUACAAUUGAUAGUGUUAAAUAUCAUUUUACGUUUAAACAAACCUUUGAUUUUUACUGACGAGCAAAUUAAUCGAUUGAAUCGACAAAUAAUUGUUUUAUUGAACGACUUACUAUUAAAUCUUCCAUUGUUAUCGUCAACAUAUUUGUUCAUUCAAUAUUAUGAAAGACUUCAAUCUUUUCCUAAUUUUUUUCAACAACUUGUUAAGAUAAUUGGUGAAAAGUUUAAUGAAAAUUCGAUUGAUAAACAAAAUCAAGAAGUUGCUUAUAUCGCAUUACGAAUGUUAAAUGACAUUAAUCUCUCAUAUUACUUAUCAAAAUUCGAAAAACAAACAACAAAUCUGUCGGAUCUUCUUCGCUUCAAUUCAUCAACAUUCUUUCAUUAUUUUUCUGAUAAAUCAUCAUUCGAUUCAUCAGAUAUAACUCUUCUUUCAUCUAUGUAUCUUAUUGAAUUAAGUGCCGACAUUCAGAUUUUAGAGAUGUACAUGAACAAAAUUCAACAAAAAAAAAUUUCACCUUUGGAAGAAUUAGAUCAAUUAUGGAAAGAUCCUCUCAAAUAUAAAGAAAUAAUGACUAUUGAAGUUGCAAAUUGGAUUACGAAAUACUUGGAGUUAUCAAACAGAGAAUACAUCGAUGGAAUUAUUGAACGAGUUUCAUCCUGUUGUAUUGUUGAAGAAACAGCUUACGAAAUUAUUCAUACAUGGCGCGUGUAUCGAACAGAUAAAGAUUUGAAAUUUUUUGCAUAUUAUGCCGUUCUAUUUUGCAUUGAAGACAAUUCGAUUGAAAUUCUUAAUGAAAUGUUUGAUACUCAUAACUAUUUACAUUUGAAAAAUGUUAUAAAAAAUUGGCUUGAAUUAGAAUCGGUUACUUCAUCUUUUGUUUCUAAUAUAUUGAUUCCAAUAAUUCAAGGUGCUUAUCGUAUUCUCAUGCAUACUUCAGCUUAUAUUCGUUGUAAAGAAAUUCUUGAUUUAUUAUUGACAAUGGAACAAGAACGAAUACUAUCUGCAGUUUCAAAUAGAUCAUUUUUAUCGGUGGUUCGUAGCUGUUCAAAGAACUUACAGCCUUAUCUCAUCCAGCAUCUUCAAGAUUUUAACAUAAAAAAUCAAUUUGAAAAUACCAUUAAAGAACAAUAUCUCAUUACCAUUAUCAAAUGGAUUAUUCUAGAAUCUAUUGAUACUAACAAUACAGAAAAUAUGUCGAUAGAAGUAUAUGAAUGUAUUAUUACAUUUCUUCACGAUCAACAAAUUCCUCUCGUUCAAACGAUGAUUGCUAAUGGUAUUAAUGGAAUACUUAUUAGUGACAGAGCAAAUAAAGGACAUGUUUUUAUAAGAGAUGAUUUAAAGAAACAAUUAGAAGAUAUUAUAGAUAAGACAAAUAUUGAUAGAGAAGAUCUUUUAGCUGCUUGUUUAUUAGCAUACGGAAAUUGUCUACUAAAGUUUAACUAUCUUGAAAUGAAUCAAAAUGUUUCAAUUGAAAUACAGAAUUUACUUGAACAAGUUUCUCUUAUGUCAUCAUCGGAAAUUAUUUCUGCAAGAGCUCUUUUAUGUUCACUUUUCUCGAAAAAUGGAAACGUAAAAUUUCAAUGUUCAUCCAACUGGAUAAAGAAUAAUUUGAAUUUACCUGUUCAAAAGAGAUACAAUGUCUUGUUACAAUUAACAUUAUAUAAACAUCCUAGUUUGAGUUUCACAGUUGAAGAUGAAAUUAAAAAUCAUAUAAAAGCGCAUUCUUCAAUGCUUUUGGAUAAGUUUCUUAAUGAGUUAUACGAUGAUUUGUGUAAUAAUGAUAGUAAGAAUAUUUUUUCUGAAUACAAACCUGAUUAUGUUCAUAUAGGUUGGACUCUUUUUAUUUCUAAGUCUGAUAUGUUUUUAGAUGCUUUGCAGAAAACGUCUUUUCGUGAGCAGAAAUUCAAAACAGCACUUUGUCAAGCGAGUAAGGCAACAGACGACAUAUGGUGUUUAGGUUUUUAUGCUAGUUUUGGUGAGCUUACAAAUGAGUUUGUUGAAAUAUUAACAAAUGUUGGGGAGAAAUAUGAGUCCAAGCCCGAAACUUUGAAAUCACAUUUUCGUAAGAUAAAAAGUGUAUCAGGUCGAGAUGUUAUCGAAAAUUUAUUCGAACUUUUUCAAUUGAAAUUUCGUUCGAAAUCAAAAUUUUCUAUUUGA